ACUAUGCAAGGGAUGCACAACAUUCAUGGAGGCUUUAAUGUUCCCAACAUGACUGGUACUCACACACCAAGAAACUCCAUGAUAAAUAAUGUUCCGCCUGGGGGUGUUCACCAACAAAUAGGAAGCUUUCCUGGUGGAAGAUUUGCAUCCAACAAUUUCCCUGUUGCAUUAUCACAGCCAUCUUACGGAAGCUACCCUGGAUAUUCAGGAUUCACCAAUAGAGGAGGUACAAGUUUUGUAGGAAACCCUGGAUUUAGUAAUAGCCCAAGUGGAAUUGGUGGUUCUUUUCCCAGGGUUUUUCCAUCUAUUGGACAUCAUAAUGCUGGUCCAGCGUUGGGAGUAUCCCCAAUUUCGGGAAAUGCAGGUCCUCGGAUCACUAAUUCAGUGGGAAACAUGGUUGGAGGGGGAAAUAUUGGAUGGACUGGUGGGUUAGGCAUGCAAGGGCAAAAUCAAUUCACGAGUAGUGUGCUUCCACAAGGAUCUCCACAGGUGAUUUCAAUGCCAGGGAAUUCUUAUCCUAGUGCUGGAGGUCAGCUUUCCCAAAGCUAUGUUCAACCAGCAAGUAGCUUGAACACUAUGGGGAUGUUGAAUGACAUAAAUCCCAAUGAUAGUUCAUCUUUUGACCUCAACGAUUUCCCUCAACUGACAAGUCAUCCUAGUUCUGCCGGAGGACCUCAAGGGCAGUUGGGUUCUUUACGGAAUCAGGGUCUUGGCGUUAGUCCUGUUCAACAAAACCAAGAGUUUAGCAUUCAAAAUGAAGAUUUUCCGGCUUUACCAGGAUUCAAAGAUUAUGCUAAAGAACAACCUCAUGACAAUGCUGUGCCGAUGAUGCAAUCUCAGCAUUUCUCUCAGAUGGGAAGGUCUGCUGGUUUCAGCUUGGGAGGAACAUAUUCAUCCCAUCAUCCCCAACCACAACAACAUAAUCCUUCAGUCAGUAGUGGCAGUGUCUCGUUCUCAUCUGUCAACAACCAGAAUCUUCUCCAUCAACAUGGAUCGGAUAUUUUUCCAUCUUCUAAUUCUUCCUAUCAUUCACAGACCAGAGAACCUCCUGGCAUUGGAUUAAGGCCUUUAAAUUCUCCAAAUACAGUUCCUGGCGUGGGUUCAUACAACCAGCUCAGCCAGCAAUAUCAACAGCAACAGAACCAACCCCAGUUUCAUCUUCAAAUGCCAUUUCUAAAUCAGUCUUUUAGGGAUCAUGACAUGAAGUUUAUGCAACCUGCACAAUUUAAACCAGAUCCAUAUGGUUUGCUUGGCCUGAUAAAUGUAAUCCAUAGGGGUGAUCCUCUUGCUCUUGGACUUGAUCUAACUCAACUUGGCUUUGAUUUGAAUUCAUCAGAAAAUCUUCAUGAGACUUUUAAGUCUCCAUGGGCAGAAGGGCCAGCUAAUGAUGAUCCAAAGUUUAAUGUGCCACAAUGUUAUUACGCUGAACAACCACCUGCUCUACGUAAACUUUAUUAUACUAAGUUUUCGGUGGAAACAUUGUUUUACAUAUUUUACAGCAUGCCCAAAGACACAGCACAACUAUAUGCUGCAGAUGAGCUCUAUGAAAGAGGUUGGUCUUACCACAAAGAGCGUUGUUUUUGGUUUAUAAGAUCCCCCAACAAGGAGCUGCUGGUGAAAACACACACACACGAGAGAGGAACUUAUCACUAUUUUGAUUCAAGCUCUUUUGAAAUCCGCGAGGAAAAUUUUGUUGUUCGUUAUGAAAUGGUGGAAAAAAGACCUCAUCUAACACAAUAGUAAGGGGGAAUACAAUCCUUCAUUGUAAAGUUUCUAUUAUGGAUUUAAUUCCUCAGAAAGUCAUAGCAAUAGUUUUCCAUCAAUUUAGUGUUCAUAACGUUCUUGGUUUAGUGAUCCAGUCUAGUAUAUCUUCUUUCCCCAUACAAUUAGUAACUAAGAUAGGUAGGCAUUAGUAUACCCUAGCUGUCUGUCUGAAAGAUGAUUUUCUGCUUAUUUGUUCAAAUGUACAUAGAAAAACACCUGAAUCAAAAUUGAAUGUAGUGUCUGGAUGUUAUUCUUCGCAUACCAAAAUAAAUCAGAUUUUUUUUAGAACUGCAA